UUCUCGCUCUCCUUUCGCGCGCGCUGUGAUUUCAAAAUUCGAGAAGCCAAGAUGAUCGACCUCAAAUUCGAAGAGCAAGGCCAGCUGCAGCUGCUGGAGCGGGAGGAAGACGAGGAAGAUGAUUGCUUCGAGCCCAUCGACAAACUAAUUGUGCAAGGCAUCAACGCGGGCGACAUCAAGAAGCUGCAGGACGCAGGAAUCUACACCUGCAACGGACUCAUGAUGCACACCAAGAAGAGCUUGACGGGAAUCAAGGGAUUAUCCGAAGCCAAGGUAGAUAAGAUCUGCGAGGCCGCCGAGAAGCUCGUGAACAUGGGAUACGUUACCGGGAGCGAUCUGCUUCUGAGGAGGAAGGCGGUGGUUCGAAUUUCGACGGGGAGCCAAGCUUUGGAUGAACUACUUGGCGGUGGGAUCGAGACGCUUUCAAUAACAGAGGCAUUUGGAGAAUUCCGAUCGGGGAAAACUCAGUUGGCUCAUACCCUCUGCGUCUCCACACAGCUACCCAUCCAAAUGCACGGCGGAAACGGGAAGGUCGCCUACAUUGAUACCGAGGGGACAUUCCGUCCAGAUCGGAUCGUUCCCAUCGCGGAGAGGUUUGGAAUGGAUGCGGGUGCCGUUCUCGACAAUAUUAUAUACGCGCGUGCCUAUACUUACGAGCAUCAGUACAACUUGCUCUUGGGCUUGGCCGCAAAAAUGUCCGAAGAGCCUUUCAGGCUCCUGAUCGUCGAUUCUGUGAUCGCGCUGUUCCGCGUCGACUUCAGCGGGCGCGGCGAGCUCGCGGAGCGCCAGCAAAAAUUGGCGCAGAUGCUCUCUCGCCUCAUUAAGAUCGCCGAGGAGUUCAACGUCGCGGUUUACAUAACGAACCAAGUGAUUGCGGAUCCUGGAGGAGGGAUGUUCAUAUCGGAUCCUAAGAAGCCAGCGGGAGGGCACGUGCUGGCCCACUCAGCUACCAUCAGGCUGAUGUUGAGGAAAGGCAAAGGCGAGCAGCGCGUCUGCAAGAUCUAUGACGCUCCCAACCUUCCCGAAGCCGAAGCCGUUUUCCAGAUAACCCCAGGAGGCAUCACAGACGUGAAGGAUUGAUGACACUCAAAACUAUGUUUCUUUCCUAAUCUUACAGGUUACACAAAGAAAUAGCAUUUUACUCUCUUGUAGCGUUUUGACAUAUCAAUGCUCUAUAGUGAGGCAAUAGGCGAAAAGUUUCCAUUGUAGUUACUAUCUUUUAUAAAGUCUGUUGGUACAUCUUUCUACGAAAAGAUUAGCAUGUAUAUGUAUGGUUGAGGCCUAGACUACGUUGCUCAUCAUAGCUUCUGAUUUCUCAAUC